UCAAAUUUGAUUCAUUAGAUUCGAAUCUAUGUUCUUCCUUCUCCCACUCCCGAUUCUCGUAAAACCAGUUUGCGUCAUGGAUCUCUUAACCAAAUAAAUUCUCUCUCUCUCUCUCUCUCACACAUAACGGCGGAGUCUGGACCGCGCGCUCUCUCUCUCUCUCUCUCUCUCUCUCUGUCUAGGGUUCCUAGUUGUUGCUCUGCAGCCCUGCUCGCUCCCCCACAGUCUAACAUAUAGAUACACACAUACUUAUAUGUUCCCCCUAAUUACUCGUUUCCAGCCCUAGUUAGCCUAAAAAAGAACAAGUUUUUUGUUUCUGUCUUUCUUUCUUUCUUGUUCUGAUCUUAUACGUGAUACCACGCACGUUAAAGUCUUUGGGCAAUUCGUCGUCGGUUGCUUUAUUCAUCAAGAUUAGGAAAUAAAUGUCACAGUUGCCAGCAUGGUCGAGAUUUCAAGAAUAAAGAGGCUAGCAAAGCACUUGCAAAUAUUGCUUUGCAUAUGUUGAAUAGUUGCCAGCAUGGACUUGAAUGCCUCGCCUCAGCCAGAAGACGACGACGAGGCGUUUGAGUCACACUUUGAUGAAAGCGCUGCACCAGAACAUACUGAACAUGUGGAGUCUGCAGUUGAAAUUCUCCGCCGGGAACGGGAAGAAAGACGUCAACGGCUGAAAAGAGAACGCCCAGAUGACAGACCGACACAUGCAUCUCAGCCACCUAUCCAUGAUCAGUUGUAUCAGAAAAACCAUAGAACAUAUGAUAAAAGCAAGCUCCCCCCUGGUUGGUUGGAUUGUCCUGCAUCUGGUCAGGAAAUAAAUUGUAUUAUUCCUUCUAAAGUUCCUCUUUGUGAAUCCUUCAAUGCCUAUGUACCUCCUGGUAAAAGAUACUCUUCCAAGCAAGUGGUUCAUCAACAAAGGGUUUUAGGGAGAAGACUUGGUUUAGUGAUCGAUCUUACAAAUACUAGCCGUUACUAUCAAGCAUCAGACUGGAAGAAAGAAGGUAUCAAGCAUGUUAAGAUUCAAUGCAGGGGGCGUGAUUCCGUACCUGAGAAUGAGGCUGUAAAUUGUUUUGUCUAUGAGGUUUUGCAAUUUCUCUUCUCUCAAAAGCAGUCAAAGAGGUAUAUACUUGUUCACUGCACUCAUGGGCAUAACCGAACAGGUUAUAUGAUCGUUCAUUAUCUGAUGCGCACACUAUCCAUAUCUGUCACACAGGCAAUUAAGUUAUUUGCUGAUGUACGCCCUCCUGGAAUCUACAAACCAGACUAUAUUGAUGCCUUGUAUAACUUCUAUCAUGAAAGAAAGCCCGAAAUGGUUGUCUGCCCUCCAACUCCAGAGUGGAAAAGACCUUCAGAUCUAGAUCUUAAUGGUGAUGUGGUGCCAGAUGAUGAUGAUGAUGGAGGCUCUGCUGCUCCUUUGCUUGAGAAUCAUGGGACAGAGACACUAAUGUCAAAUGAUGACGUUCUGGGAGAUAGUAUACCCUUCAACCAGCAAGAUACACUGAGGCAGUUCUGCUAUCAAGCACUGAAGUUGGGUGCAGGGGUAAGAGGAAACUCGCAAUUCCCAGGGUCGCACCCAGUUUCACUUAACAGGGACAAUUUGCAGUUGUUAAGGCAACGUUAUUAUUAUGCCACCUGGAAAGCAGAUGGAACACGAUAUAUGAUGCUAAUCACAAUGGAUGGUUGUUUCUUGAUCGAUAGAAAUUUUAAUUUCCGAAGGGUUCAGAUGAGAUUUCCUUGCAAAAGCACUAAUGAUGCUUUAGCUGAGAAGACUCACCACUAUACAUUACUUGAUGGGGAGAUGGUAAUUGAUACUUUGCCAGACUCACAGAAACAGGAAAGAAGAUACCUGAUCUACGAUAUGAUGGCAAUUAAUCAAGUCUCCAUCGUUGAGCGGCCCUUUUAUGAAAGGUGGAAAAUGCUGGAGAAAGAAGUGAUUGAUCCACGGAACUAUGAACGACAACAUGUAUACCAGAGUAGAAAUCCAUAUUAUAGAUAUGAUUUAGAACCGUUUAGGGUGAGGAGGAAGGAUUUUUGGUUGCUCUCUACUGUUACCAAACUUUUGAAGGAGUUCAUUCCAAAGCUUUCACAUGAAGCAGAUGGUCUCAUUUUUCAGGGCUGGGAUGAUCCUUAUGUUCCCCGAACACAUGAGGGCCUCUUGAAGUGGAAAUAUGCUAAUAUGAACUCGGUUGAUUUUCUAUUCGAGAUGGUUGAUGAUCGCCAGCUACUUUUUUUGCAUGAACGAGGAAAGAAGAAGCUAAUGGAAGGGAAUAGGGUUGUUUUUAAUGAUGAUUCGGAUCCGGCCUCGUACUCAGGGAAGAUCAUCGAGUGUUCUUGGGAAAAAGAGGAAAAUGUAUGGAUCUGCAUGCGAAUCAGGGUAGAUAAAGCAACUCCAAACGAUUUCAAUACCUACAAGAAGGUGUUGCGAAGCAUACGGGACAAUAUCACAGAGGAAGUAUUGUUGACUGAGAUUCAUGAGAUUAUUCGGCUUCCCAUGUAUGCUGAUAGGAUACGUAGUGAUAGCAAAGCAAAUUCAGCACGACGUAGGUGAGGAGUGAAGAAGGAAGUCAAGAACAACCCCCAACGAGGUGUACCCUUUACUGCUUACGGCUGAAAGUAAUCGCUCGAUGUUUUUCCCAUUUUUUUUUAAUCUUGUCUAAAGUAGAGUAUUUCAAAGGUAUAUUAGCGUGAAGGGUCACCGAGAGUAGCGUGUAAUUAGCUACCUUUGACAAUAGCCUCUUAUCAUUAACAGUCUUUGACAUCGGGCCUGGGACUUGACUUUCUGAUAGAACUAGGAUCAUAAUGUACAUUACCGUUGUCAAAUUUUCCUUCUUUUACUUGGUUGUACAUCCUGAUUUGUAUAAUUUGUUUUGCUUACACAUGAAGGUGUGAAAAUUCCACCAAAA